AUGGCUUCCGUUUCUAAGAUUAUCUAUUUCAUUUCUAUACUUGUUGCAAUCGCAUGUAUUAUUGUAUCGAUUGCCACUAAUCCAACAUGGAAUGAUAAUACAAAUAAUUCCUCGUUGAGAGCAAAUGGUGGACUUAGUAUAGCCGGACUGGUUUUGUUAGUAAUAGCAGCUAUCCUUGCAAUUGUUUUGAUUUGCAGAGAUUAUUCCAGAAGAAUAGUGAUCGCAAUACUUGUUUUACUAAUUAUAGCCUUGAUAUGUUUCAUAGUCGCUUUGGCUAUUUAUGGUCAACAGAUUAAUUGGCAAGCAUGGUUAUUAUCAGCUAUGUGGGUAACGUUUAUUUGUAUUCUUAUCGCAAUAAUAUUCUUAUUGGUUGAUGAUUAUUAGAUUGCAAGUAUUGUUAACAGUCUCCAUGGUUUACUUACAUAAAACAAUACAACCUUAUUUAAAUAAAACAAAUGACUAUAUCCAUUCAUACAAUAAAUUUAUAAAUUUGCUUGUUUAUUUAGAUAACCUGUUUAUUUAUUUUUCUUGCAUAGUUCUAUAACUUAACUCUCUGGUUUAUUGUAAAUUUUAUUUCACUUUAUCCGACAUUUCUUAAUUUGUCUAAAUAC